GUCAUAAUUUCUUCACUCAGUGAACCAUUACACUUUCAAUCAUAUAUCUGGUAUAAAGAAGUCAAAGUAUGCAUAUAGAUUGAAAUCAUUAUUCAAAAAGUGUUUUGUGUUCAAUUUGUUUGCAAUGGGAUACGUGUCCAAUGUAUUUUUAUUUUUGAUGUUCACAUGCAGUAUAAAUUGUGACAUCUCCGACAAUGCAAUAGAAAAAAAUACCGAAAAACACAUAGAAAGAAAUGAAACAACUACUGUAAUACCCAUAGCAGUUAAACAGGGUGAGCUUGAACUUUUAGAAAUGUUGAAAAAGCAAAUAAAAGCAAAGGAAGAUGAAAUGAAGAAAGCAGAGGCAAUAAACAAAAAUUUCGAGAAAAUGAUACAACUGGUGAGCAUUCUAGGCCAGAUAGACACUUUUUUGACUGAAAGAACCAGGGCUUUAAUAAGAAAGAUGGCAAUUCUGACAGAAGAUGAAGAUGCAGAUAUUCAACAUUUUGAAGAUGAAAAUUAAAUUCUUUUCUUAAUAUUUUGCAAAUGAAGAUUAUUGAUGAAACAAUAAUUCACCAAACUCGCUUUGCAAGAAAUUUCUUGCAUUACUUCAAUUUUCAAAUUCUCUUAUUUGUUACUCGGAAAAUUUCUCUGUGUAAUUUUCAAUUUCAUAAGUCUGUUUUGUUAUAUACAUGUUGACGUGGAAACAUUUUAAUCAACUUGAGUGAACAGUGAAAGAAAAUAAAUUUUCAUUGUGUGGUUUUGAGCACUCUCACUGAUCUUGUUAUGUUGAAUAGUUCAAUUCAAUAAUACUGAAAUGUUAUUACAUAAUAACAAUUUAUUAUUAUGUUUUUUUAUUAUUAAAAUACUUUAGAAAUAUACAAAGUCUUGACAAUUUCCUAAAUAAUAAUUAUAUACUUUUUUACAAUUUUCUUACAAUUCAAUAAAUUAU